AUGGAUGGCCGAUUCGAUGAACUGCUCUUGGGCCUGGCCCAGAAGCACAAGGGGAUCGAGGACUUGCUGCACACGUUGAUGACCUUCAUGGAGCGACGGACAGACUUGUUCCACGUCAAGGAAGGCGAUGGCGAUUCAAAAGGCUUCAAGCUCGGGGAAGCCGAAAAGAUGCUGAAAAAACAGUUCAGUGAGUUCCAGGCACGAUACCUGGCACGUGCGCAGCCUCAUCUCCUAGCAAAGCUACCCCAGGGCCAGCCAGGUGGCUAUGCUGCCUUGCAGCCUUCGUCGUCCAGCCGACAAGCCGUGCCCAUGGGAGUCAACCCUUCGCCGUUAGAAGGUGGUGACCCUGGUCUUUGGGAGAGACACCAAAACCAGGAGCAAGGAUUUGUGUGGAAUCAGACGCACGAGGAAGUCACCGUGGAAAUUCCCGUGGAAGCCUGCAAGGGGUCUGACCUCAAGGCAUCUGCCAAUUCGAUUUUCACCACAUCUGGAAUCGAUCUGGUUCCCUGA